UAUAAAUAAAUAGAUUUGUUCAUAAUGUUUUCCACAACAGAGUUAGGGUUUUUCUUUCUGAAAAACAGAGCUAGGGUUUCAUAUUCCUUCACACCACUCCGCCACCCUCAAUCUCACUCUGCCGGACUCUACCCAAACCUUGCACACUUCUCUCUAUCGCAAAUCAGUUUGAGGGAGGUAGGAGAACAAGAAGAAACAAUGUCGUAUGACGAUGUGGAGAUCGAAGAUAUGGAGUGGAAUGAAGAGCUGAAGGCGUACACAUACCCUUGCCCGUGUGGAGAUUUGUUCCAAAUUACUAAAGAUGAUCUUAAACUCGGCGAGGAGAUCGCUCGCUGUCCCAGUUGUUCUCUUUAUAUUACUGUCAUUUACAACAUGGAGGAUUUCUUAGUCCAAUCUGAUCAGACAAAGAAGGGUCUUGACCCACCUAAACAGCAGCCUGUUACUGUUGCUUGAAAAUUCUAGUUUAAACUUGUUCAUCCAUGGCUGGAGGUGGCAGAGCAAUGGAAGGAGGAUUCUUUCCAAGUUUUGAUAAUGGAAGAUUCCUUUCAAGUUUUGACAGAGGUUUUUGACUACUUGUGAAAAAAAAACAUUAUUAUUGGGUAAAUACCAGGAGAGGAGAUUAUGUGAGUGAUAUUUUUGGUAGAGAUUAUCAUUAUUAUUAAGUAAAGGGUCAUCACUAGUUGAGGCCUUUGAUGUACUUUAAGGAUCAACCAGUGAUAAUAUAUACAUGUUAUAGUGAAUAAUAAUUGAUUUGAUACCUUCUUUUAUCA